AUGAAGCUACGCCCCGAAGCAGGCGUACUCUAUGCCCCGAGCUACCACCAGACGUCCUACAAGGAGCCGGACCACUACGACACGCCCUACCAGUUUGAUUACGCUGUACACGACCACUACUCCGGUGCCGUCUUCUCUCAGAAAGAGAAUCGCGACAACAAAAAUGUCAACGGCUACUGCUCGACGUCCAUCGCCGCCGCUCUCCUGGCUGUGGCCGCCGCCGCUCAUGCGAACAGCUAUGCCCCGAAGCCAGCGUACUCCCAUGGCCCGAGCUACCACCAGCCGUCAUACAGUGAGACGGACCACUACGACACGCCUUACCAGUUCGACUAUGCCAUCAACGACUACUACUCCGGCGCUGUCUACGCCCCGCAGCCGGCGUACUCUCAUGACCCGAGCUACCACCAGUCGUCCUACAAGGAGCCAGCCAACUACGACACGCCCUACCAGUUUGACUAUGCCGUCAACGACCACUACUCCGGUGCCGUCUUCUCUCAGAACGAGAACAGUGACACCAAGAAUGUCAACGGCCAUGUCACGUACGUCGCUGACCACGACGAUUACGGAGGCUACAUCGCCGAGAUGACCUACACUGGGGAGCCCCGCUAUGAGGAGCACAAGCCUAGCUACCACCCGGUCCCGGCCUACAAGCCUGCUGGUUCCUAUGCCCCGGCCCCAGCCUACAAGCCUGAUCGCUCGCAUGCCCCUGCGCCGGCCUACAAGACCAUGUACUAA